UCGUUGUUUGUUGGUGGGUGUCCGGCGCAUAUCUUGGAUGACUACUGGAUGGAACGCAUCCUCAAGGCAGCAGGAAAGCUACGAGGUUGGAAACGCGUGACGGAUGCAUUGGGACAAGGACAAGCGUUUGGUUUUGCAGAAUCUCGCCAUCAAAUUUUCUCCUGCUCAUGACGGCAAGAUGUUGCAACUCAAAGUGACGAUUGAUGAAGGAGGCGCCAUGUACAUUCGAGACUUUCUGGAGGCAAGAACCAUCAAAGAUCCUGAAACGAAAGAUGCAGCAAGUCUCAAGCAACAUACCGCACAAGUCCAACAAGUUCUUCGAGACUUGGCCAGUCCCAAGUUCAAGAAACCAGAAAAGUAUCUGAAGGACAAGGAUAAGCCUCAAAGCAAAGCGAAGCAACCGGAAAUCGUUCAACCCGCUGUCAAUGACGCAAAUGCAGUGACCAUUAUGCUGUCCAUGGAUGACGAACUGGGUGAUAUCCCUGAAGAGCAACGUCGCUAUAUCGCAGAUGAAAUCACAGGUUUCCGAACACGUUCAGCGAAACGCGAUGCAGACAGACAGAGUAAAAUCGCUGAUGCUGAAUCGCGUCGUGCAGAAUUUGAAAAAGCUGCACGGGGCUCAAGUGGGUUGGCACAGCAGCAACAGGCAAGACACCUGCGACGUGUUGAAGAGGCACAGGAUGCAUCUCUCGUAUUGCGACCAAGGCGUGAUUUACAUACAGAGGCAGAGCGAGGGAUGACAAAUGCCGAGAUUCACGCAUCUCGUGAACGUGCUGCUGAAUUGGCACUUGCGCCGCGGAUCGCAGAAGCAGAACGCCGACUCGUUCAUCGUGAGCGACAACGGCUCGAGCGUCUCGAGCAAGAGGCACAACGUUUACAAGGAGAUGCGAGAAGGGCUGAGGAAGACCGAUUGCAUGCCGCGCGCAAGUAUGCAGUGUAUGAGGAUGCCAAAGAGGAUGCUCGUGGGCUUGAUACGUAUUUCAGCGAUUUUGGAGCAUGGCGACGGCAUCGCCUUGCGUAUCGACAGCGCGAAUUACAGGCGGAUGAUGAAGAUCGCAUGGCAGAGGAGAGAGAAUUGGUGGAUGCUAGACGGGUCCAGUCAGCAGCGAAGCAGCAUGCGUCUGCUGCAGAAGCUCAACCAAAAAUGGAUGCGGUUGCGCCUGUUCGGCUAACCAUCGCAAAGCAAGCUGAGAAAAAGGCCAUGCCUGCUGGUACGCUGCUUGACACUGCAGAUGAUGAUGAGGCGUAUGCCUCAGCACGUAAGCGGAAAUUGGUCCCUAUGCAGUUUGAGGCGGAAGACGAUCGUGUUGCCAGGUUGAAACGGAUUGUGGAUGCGAUCCCUGUUGUCAAGGAAGCCUUGUGGGAAUACAACGUUCCCUGGCAGUAUCUUGAACACAAUGGCUUGCAAGAUAAGCUCAAAAGUUUUGUCGCCAAGAAGUGCGUCGAGGCUAUUGGGGUUGAAGCAGAAGAGCUGAUUCAGUUUGUGAUGGAGCAUGUUGCAAGCCAUGGAUCGGCCGCUGACUUGGAGCAGGAAAUGCUGAGCGCCAUUGGUGACGAAGAGGAGGCUGCUGCUUUUACUGUCAAGUGCUGGCGAUACCUGCUCAUCCUGCUGGAGACGGCCACUCUGUAGCAGUACUAUACCAUAGUCACGUAGUAAUCUACCUCUCCC